AUGAAGAGAGUUAUUUUGCAAAAGAGUAAUUUUCUCAAACAAGGAGUGAGAGCAGCCGGAAGCAAGCCGAUUCCAGACAGAAGUGACUCGUUUGUUUUUGGUCUUUUUAAUGGGGAAAUUAACCCGAAAAAUAUUUUCCCGUAUCCGUCAGUUUUUAAUCAGGAACAAGUUGACGAGCUAAACGAGCUCUUUUCCGCCUCUUUUGACGCUUUUGACGGAACCAACGAAGCCCUGGAAAAUGACCUUCGCGGCGACCUCGACCCAGAAAUGGUCCAAAUGCUCAGGGACUUUGGUCUCUUCGGCAUGCAAGUUCCAGAAGAACUCGGCGGUCUUGGCAUGUCAAACGUCCAAAUGGCGCGAAUGUCGGAAAUCGGAGGCGAGCUGGAUCUUGGUGUUUCGAUUUAUAUUGGUGCGCAUCAGAGUAUCGGUUUCAAGGCGAUUUUGAUUCUCGGAACUCAGGAGAUGAAGGAAAAGUAUCUUCCGUUGGUUGCUUCUGGUGAGAAGAUUGCAGCGUUUUGCUUGACUGAGCCAAGUACUGGAUCUGAUGCCUCCAGCGUUCAGACAAGAGCAGUGAAACAAGAAGACGGUAGCUAUCUUAUGAACGGCGGAAAAAUCUGGAUCACUGGCGGUGGUAUAGCCGACAUCUUCACCGUCUUCGCCCAGGUUCCCGUUCAACAAGAAGAUGGAACGAUAAAGGAUAAAAUGACAGCUUUCAUCGUCGAGCGUGAUUUCGGCGGAGUGACUCACGGCGCUCCGGAAAAGAAAAUGGGGAUCAAGUGCUCGAAUACUGCUGAGGUCUACUUUGAUGAUGUCAGAAUUCCGGCCGAGAAUAUGAUCGGAGAAGUGGGAGAAGGAUUCAAAGUUGCGAUGGAGGUGUUGAAUUCGGGGCGAUAUGGAAUGGGUGCGACGCUGAAUGGAACGCAAAAGGGAUUAAUAAAGAAAGCGACGGAAUUUGCCGCGAAUCGAACGCAGUUCAGGGAUAAGAUCUACAAAUUUGGCGCGAUUCAAGAAAAACUCGCCAGAAUGCAUGCGGAGCAAUACGCCUCUGAAGCAGUUAGCUAUUUGGUCGCAAAUGCGAUGGAUCACAAGACUGAAAACUAUCAUCUUGAGGCUGCUUGUGGAAAAAUUUUUGCUUCGGAGAGAGCCUGGCAUUGCUGUGAUGAGACGAUUCAGGUUAUGGGUGGAAUGGGAUACAUGUUUGAACAAGGCGUGGAAAAAGUGAUGCGCGAUCUCCGAAUUUUCCGAAUUUUCGAAGGAACAAAUGACAUUCUUCGACUAAUGGUGGGUCUUCAAGGUCUUCAAUACACAGGUCAACAAUUGGCGCCCAUCGCAAAAGCCGCCAAAAGCCCAAUCGCGAAUGCACCGACUUUGAUCAAGUUCAAAAUGGACCAGAGGGCGAAAGAAAAGGGGUCUAAAACAGCGGUGAAUGAUUUGAAACAAUAUGUCGACCCCGCGCUCCACCCAGAAGCACAGAAAGUCGGCGAAGCCAUCACAAGAUUCGAAGUUGCGUCGAAAAAGAUUCUUCAAAAAUUUAACAAGGACAUCAUCAAUCAGCAAUUUCAUGUCAAGAGAAUAGCUGAAGCUGCGAUUGAGCUUUUCGCAAGCUCUGCCGUUUUAUCUAGAGCUACUGCGGCCCAGAAACACCCAACUGCAAACAAGGAAGAGGAAAUUCUACUUGCCAAAACUUAUAUUUUCGACUCGUUGAAGAAGAUUCAUGGCGCUCUUGAUCAACUAACAGAACAAGAUGAGUCGCAUUGGAAAAACAUGGCGGAACUGACGGAAAAAAUGGUCAAUGCGGACAGCCCCGUCUUGGGAGCUCAUCCGACUGAGCUUAUCCAUAAGUAA